AUGAUUGUGUGGGGGCUCUACGAGCAACCGGCUGUUCACCAUAGUUUGCUAAAAAAUCACAAAAUCCAGAUGAGGCCAAGUUUUGACCCACAACGGGACUAUACCAAUCCUACUGGUAAUGGAACUCCUGACAACUCUAUAGAUCUUGUCUUAAUGGAUGCUUGUCCUUCAAGAACAGUUCCCAUUCGGAGAAGAAGCACGUUUGCAGGAAUUGUGACCAGAGAUAAUCCGGCAACUGUUUAUUACGGUGCCGGAGGAAUGGUUAGCAUAAUUAACCCGGCCGUUACCAGUGGCCAAGCAAGCGCAUCUGUAAUAUCACUUGAAGGAGGUCCUCCCGAUCAGUUCAGCGUUAUAAGGGUCGGAUGGAUGGUAGGGAUUCUUCGUGACCAGGGGGCGACCGGCCUCGCCAGUCUCACCCUAUCCAUUCCUCAACGUCAGAAUGGGCAAAUGAUUGGCUGCUACAACACAUACUGCCCUGGAUUUGUUCAAACAGACCCUUCUAUAGAACUUGAUAUGACCCUUGGCCCAAUCUCAGUUGUUCGAGGACCUCAAUAUUAUAUCAAACUUUCAGUGACUCAGGAUAUUAGUGGCUCAAAUACGGCGACAACGAAAAGCCGAUCGGGUAUUGGCCAGGUAGUUUAUUCACCAACCUGGGCAACGGUGCACCCGGGAUUGCGAUGGGGAGGAAUGGGUUCGUCUAGUACGGGUCAGGUGCCACCGAUGGGGAAUGGCGACAACGGAGAAAUCCAUAGUUCCCACUUUAGGCAACUGGUUCUUCAAUAUGAAGCGGGGACGUCUCUAAAUGGAUCGGUUGAUGUUCCGUUGGACGUAGUGCAAACAAGGAGUUACAAGUGUGGGAACAACUAUUACAAGGGAGAGUUUUGGGGAUACAGCUUUUAUUUUGGGGGUGACGGUGGAGACGCAACCCAAUGUUGUUAA